AUGAAGCAGAAGGUUGGAUAUAAAUUAGAACUCCCCAUCAGUUCAUUCAAACUCCAAUCCACAAACUCCAAUCCUUUUAUUUUGGCACACAAACACUUGAUAAAUCAAACUCCCACAUCUUAGGAAAAGAAACUCCAAAGAACUUUCGAUUCCUCUCUUGCUUCUUGAAAAUUAAAAUGUCGUUCAAGACGUACGAUUAUGGUGAUCUCAGAGUCACUUUGACGAAUCAGCUAGAGUGGCUUUAUGACGACGCAGGUUCUGGCGUUGGUACUAGUGCCGGCUUCUAUCAGCCAAGGCCUCAAGGAAACAUGUGUGCCUUGGGUAGUAUCGGCCAUCCUUCACAUGAGAUCAUUGACCGCAAGAGAGCUGUGCUCCUUGUCGGACCAAAUCCAAACACUUCGCCUAGUAUGCCAGCCGUUAAGCGACCAACUGGUUACACUGAAAUCUGGAAUGACAGAGGAUCUGGUGGUAAACACGAUGGCUCGGUCUGGCGGCCCAUUGCGCCUUCUGGUUAUUCUUCGUGCGGCGAUGUUGUCAAUGGCUCAUAUUCAGCACCUUCAACAGAUAGAAUAUGGUGCUUGCGAAACGAUCUUGUCAAGCCUGCUGCAUAUCAAGCAGCCCAAUUCUGGGACCGCUUCGGUCUUGCGCCAGGCGGGAGGUUGAAUCGCAUGAUGUUUGUGAAUGUUGUCGCAAAUCCUGUUGGCUUCAAUGGAUCUGAAAAGAUACCCCUCAGCGCGGGCACUUUUCGAGCAUAUCGGGAGAUUAAUACGGACACUAGAAACGAGAUCGCAUUUGUCCCCUUGUUAACAGUGAAAAAUAAUUUCCAGCCUUUCGGAACCAUCGCGCCUUCGAUUACACCUUCUACUAUACCUAGUCAGGGUGAGCAGUUCCAAAGCAAAGAGCAGUGCCGUGUUCUAUUACCUUUCACGGCUUUUUUCCCUGCCACACACCAACGUAGUCUUGAACUUAUCCAGGAUCCUUUCAUUAGCAUAAGUCGAAGUAUUGCCUGGUACGUCGAAGGAGUCUGGGUCAACAAUGGUAGCGGUCCCUUUAAUCGCGAGAAGGUCAUGAAAUGCGGGAUCAGCAAGACUCAAAGCCAAGAAAUGUCUCACAGCGUUGGAGUAGAAAUCUCAGCUACAGCCGGAAUUGGUUGCAUCGAAUCCAGUAUCAAACUCAACUACCAAUUCACCAGUACAACUUCUUCAUCUUUCACUGAGUACAAGGAGCAAGAAGUGACAGAAAAGUUUGAAGUUCCUGCAAAACAUGCAACUGUCUUGUUCAGCAAGCAUGUUAAGAUCACGGCUUCCCGUGGGAGCGUUCCACAGUAUGCCGAGAUAUUGGGCGAAGUUGAAAUGACAGCUAAUGAUGACGUGCACUUCAGUGGAUGUGCACUUUGAAAAACAGGGGUUUUAUGGCGAAGGACUGAAGGAGAAUUCAACUGUUUUACGUGGUUUGGCUUGGAAAUGCAACUUUCAACUCUUUCUCUUCUAUUUCGUUUUGUUUUAGUGAAUUUUUCUGUUUAAGCGGAGGUUUGAGGUUCAACACAAAACCAUCUGCUUUAACUUCAUUUGCCUAUUCAAUCAUCAGUCUUUAUAGUUUGUUUAGUGUUGUUGGAAUAGGAUUCAUGACCAAGUAUAUGGACCGCACUAGGUUUCGCUAGGGCCUUGGCUACUUACUACAUAUAUAACACUCUUCACAUCUGUAUCUUAACGAAAACCAGACAAGUUUAUACUUUA